CUUGCAAUCACCUCUCCAUCGUCAUCCCUCUCUUCCUACACUAUUUAACUCCGCCCUCCAUCCACCCUACCGUACGUCCAAUUAAUAUUGUCCAAAUAAAUUUCUCACUGACAUAGAUCGAUCGAGAACAUCAUGGCAUCAAGACAAUCGGCGAAGACGGAGAGGGCUGAAGCCGAAGCCCGGAGGGCUGCGGACGAGCUCAGUGAAGUCAAUAAAGAAAAAAGAGAGAGCCGAGCAAUAAAGCUGGAAACUGGUCAUCCCGCCGCAGGAUACACCACCACCCACCGAGAAGAGGAGGAGAGGAAGCCCGGCGUCAUCGGCAGCUUGAUCAAGUCAGUCCAAGGUACUCUGGGUCAUGCAAAGGACGCCGUCACGGGAAAAGCCAGCGACACUGCGGAGGCUACCAAGGAAACGGCGGAGCAAGCGGCUCAGAAGGCCAAGGAGACGAAAGAUUCCGCCGUUGGGAAGACCCAGAGUGCCGCUGAGCAGGCUAAGCAGAAAGCCGCGGAGGCAAAGGAUGCCACCACGGAAAAGGUCGCGGAGUACCGGGAUUACACCGCUGAAAAAGCGAAGGAAAUGAAGGACGGUACGGUCCAGAAGGCGGGAGAAUAUAAAGAAUAUGCGGCAGAUAAGGCGAAACAAACAACCGAUGCGACGGCUGAGAAAUUAAGAGAAGCUAAAGACAGGACAGUGGAGAAAGCGGGGGAGUACAAAGAUUACACAGCUGAGAAAGCAAAGGAAAUGAAGGACGGCACCGUCCAGAAGGCGGGAGAAUACAAAGAUUACGCAGCCGAUAAGGCGAAACAAACAACCGAUGCCACGGCUGACAAAGCAAAAGAAGCUAAAGACAUGACAAUGGGGAAAGCAGGGGAGUACAAAGAUUACACGGCCCAGAAAGCAGGAGCAGCUAAAGACCAGACGGCGGAGAAGGCGGGGGAGUAUAAGGAUUACACAGCCGAGAAAGCCAGAGAAGGAAAGGACACGACGGUUGGCAAGCUGGGUGAGCUGAAGGACUCGGCCGCUGACGCUGCUAAGCGGGCUAUGGGUUUCUUAACGGGAAAGAAAGAUGAAGCUGUGCAGAAGGCGGAGGAGACUGGUCACGCGGUCCGGGAGAAGACGGAAGAGACCGGGCAUGCCGCCAGGCAGACAGCAGAGGAGACCGGGCAAGCCGCCAAGGAAAAGAUGUAUGACAGCAAGGAAGAUGUAAGGAGGAGAAUGGAAGACACUCAUCUCAAAGACGAGUAUAACCUUCAGGAUGAAGGUCGUUGGAGGGAUGACAUUGGGAGGUUAGUUUUCACCUAUCUACAAUAUAAUAUUACUCCGUAAUUAGCUCCAUCACUUUCUUGUCAAAAUUGUUUUCUUUGAUUCUCAAAAUAAUUCAUAUUUUGAGAAGAAAAUAUACUAGUACUGUAACAUUUAUGAUCGGGAUUCAAAUUGAUUUGGUCAGGGAAAGUGUGGGAAAGAGUGGGGAAGGAGGAGGGUUGUUUGCCGGAAUGAAGGACAAGCUUCUGGGUACGACCGGGCCGAAGCACGGCGACGAGAAACCAGCAGCAGGGGAACCGAGAAUCACUCGGGUGGUGGUGGACGUGGAUGAGACGCCGGCGGGAAAAACAGCAGCGACUUUGAAGGCGAGUGAUCAGAUGACGGGGCAGACAUUUAACGACGUUGGCCGUCUCGAUGAAGAAGGGAUCGCACAAUGGAGUCCUUAAUUAAGCUACGUAGCUAAUACUAUACGUUCGGUUGGUUCUUAUGAUUUCCUAUCGGUUAGCUGCUCUGCUUCUGUUCAAAUUAAACUUGUUGUGAUCUUUUUUCUUUCUUUAUAAUUCAAUAAUAAUGUGAUGUAUGUACCUCGGCUUAUGUUUACUCCGUAUAUGUAUAUGGAUCCGUAAUGUAAUCGUUAAUUAGUUGAGCGAUAUAUUUUGAUGGUUCAAUUUCACUUUCAACCCAAAG